UCACGCGAGUGGCAGCCCUACGUGUACGAACGAUAGCCAGGCGAAGCGGGGAGUGCGGUCACGUCGGUCGGAAUCGGGUUUGUGAGCGCGCGGCCGCCGGCCAGCCCGCACCACGCCGCGCGGCCACCUCGCCGACACCGACGCCUUCCCUGGCCGUCCACCGGCCAACGACGCCAUCCUUACAGUGAUCAAAGUGGCCACCGCGGCCGGAAACAAAGUGAUAGAGUGCGGCCACCGCGGCCACGUCAGUUCCCUGGCGGUGCAGAGUGACCACCGCGGCAGAGCCGGACGGUACCUCCCUAGUUGUGUAGCGUGGCCACCACGGCCGACCCGGACGCGAUCCCCCUGGUGGUCCAGAGCGGCCACCAGCUGCCACCAUGCCGUAACAUGAUGGGAUACAACAAUCAGGGCCACGGGUACAACAAGUUGUUCACACAGUUGUUCAAUCGUGUGCGUUGCGCGGCCAGACAAUUGUCUUUGCUUUCCAAAAACUGGAUCACUCAAGUGGGUACGCCACGCCGACAUCGACAAAUGACACACUACAAACCAUUGGGCUCGGCGGAUUCCAACUACUCGCAGCCGUCGUCGGAGCUGUCGCUGGACGAGGACAAGGAGGCGCUGCGCCGCGAGAAGGAAGCGCAGGCCCUCUCCCAGCUCGACAAGGCAAGGUCCAAGCCGGUAGCGUUCGCAGUGCGCACGAACGUAGCGUACGAUGGCUCGCUGGAUGACGACUCGCCCGUGCACGGCAGCGCUAUCUCCUUCGAGGUGCGCGACUUCCUGCACAUCAAGGAGAAGUACGAUAACAACUGGUGGAUCGGUCGGCUAGUGAAGGAGGACGCGGACAUCGGGUUCAUUCCUUCGCCGGUGAAGUUGGAGUCGGUGCGCUCGGGCCCCGGUCGUGCUCGUUACCGCCCGCCCUCCGCCGCACCCGCGCUCCCCAGCCGAGGUAGCACUCCCCCCACGCCCGAUGUGCCAACCUUCGACCGAGGUGAGGAUUCGGACUCGGGCAAAGGGCGGGGCGCGGGCGCGCUGCCCUCCGGUAAGGAGAAGAGGAAGCCGUUCUUCAAGAAGCAGGAGAACGCAAGCCCAUACGACGUGGUGCCGUCCAUGCGGCCCGUAGUACUGGUGGGACCAUCUCUCAAAGGCUACGAAGUCACGGACAUGAUGCAGAAGGCCCUCUUCGAUUUCCUCAAGAGACGGUUCGAGGGCAGGAUAAUAAUAACUCGUGUGAUGGCGGACAUUUCGCUAGCGAAGCGCUCGCUGCUCAACAACCCAUCGAAGCGGGCGAUAAUGGAGCGCUCCAACUCGCGCUCCACUUGCCUGGCCGAGGUGCAGGCGGAGAUCGAGAGGAUAUUCGAGCUGGCGCGCACGCUGCAGCUGGUGGUACUGGACUGCGACACUAUCAACCACCCCUCCCAGCUCGCCAAGACUUCGCUCGCACCUACCAUCGUUUAUCUCAAGAUAUCCAGUCCGAAGGUGCUGCAGCGGCUGAUCAAGUCGCGCGGCAAGGGGCAGAGCAAGAACCUGUCUGUGCAGAUGGUGGCUGCGGAGAAGUUAGCGCAAUGCCCCACGGAGAUGUUCGACGUUGUGCUCGACGAGAAUCAGCUCGAGGACGCCUGCGAGCACAUCGCCGAAUACCUUGAGGCGUACUGGCGAGCGACGCACCCGCCGACGGUAGCGCCGCAGCCGCGCGCGGCCGCGCACCACGCACCGCACCACGCACCGCACCACGCCCCGCACCACGCGCAGCCUGAUCCCCCUGCACAUUCCGGAGGACACCGGGAGAGGUCCGACUCGUAUAACUACGAGAGAGAAAGAGGAGGCAGGUCGCGGGCGGCGCGGCCCGAGCGCCUGGAGGAGGAGUACUACCCGCGGGAGCAGUACCAGCGCUACCCGCGCGAGCACUACCCGCGCGACUACCACGAGGGCUACGCGCACGACUACCCGCCGGCGGAGACGUACGAGCGCGAGGCGUACGGACACGACUACACGCGCGAGGCGUACGCGCGCGAGGAGUACGGGCGAGAGUACGGGCGGGAGUACGCGCGGGAGGAGCGCGCGCCGCGGAGCCGCGAGCGCGAGGCGGAGGAGUACGGGCCGUCGCGCCGCGCGCUCAACGCGGUCUAGCGCCGCCGCUCCGCCGCUUUCGGACCGCUUGUGUGAACGCAACUGCUACUGUGACAAUGGCGCCGAAACGUACGGCUUCCAUACGAUGGAUUUAAAUGUUUUUUCUAUCGAGCGACACAUCGACAUCUAUUUUCUCUAAAUAUGAAAUAAUUUAAGGCUUAUGAUACUUUGUAAAAUUAGAUUUUGCUCGUAUCAGAAGUUGUAGUCCGAUGCGAGCGAUCUAAUUUAAAAAAAAAUCAUUUUACCACAGCUUUAAUAGCACUAAACGUUGUUUUAGUCGAUUGUAACUCGUUAAUUCUUACAGUUAUCGCCCACUAAGAGUAGAUAAGCAAGAAAUAUUUUUCUGGACGUUAUUUUGUAUGUUCGAUUCGAUUCUAUAGGACAGUUGUACUUUCGCUCUCUUUUUGAACACUAUGAGCUUUUCUCUUUUGUGUAUAAUGAAAAUAUAAUUUGUAUAUGAAUUUAUAUAUUUAUUAAUAACAGACGCAGCUGCAUUUACACAAUCGAGACCUGAUCAUACCGAGUGCGAGUUGCUGGUAGUUUUAUCUGUCGAAGUAAAAACAUCUAUCGAACUAUUCCCACAACCGCUGUGCGUAUUGUGAAUUCCUUAAUACUUAUUUAUUAUAUUUUGUCGAUGUUAGUGUAAUUAUUAUUGUCUAUAAUUGCAAUUGGUAGAAUUACGUGAGUUUUAGCAAGUCUAAUGUUAAGUUUUUUGGCGUGGACUAUUUUAAAAUGUUAUUGUUUCCCUAAUUAUCCAUUAAAAUCGAUCUUUCUUACUUUAAGUCUUAGUAUUUUCAAUCUGUUUCAAGUUUGUGUUCUUUAAUUAGAUUAUUUGUCAUUUAGAGAUUGAUUCUCCGAUGUUAUAUAUAUUGUAAGUGAUGUGCUGGGUGUGAUCAGGGCAGUGUCAGUGGCAGUUGUGUGCGCAGGCGCGGGUCGUCUCGUUUUGCUGAGCUUUGUGCCACGCUUCCGUUCGCGGCCUCGCCGACGACCGCUUGUACCAUUUUUGAGAUUUGUACCUGGACUCUUUUCACGACAGGGAAAAUUUUACUAUGUUUCAUUUCUUUGAUUUUUCAGACUUUAAAAAUCAUUUUAAUAAGUUUAACUAUGUAUAAUUUUACAAGAACUAUCAAAACAUUUUUCUCGCUAAAAAUUCAAUGACUUUUACUAAAUUUGAUAUUCUGUCUUUUUUUAUCGAGGGAAGAUAUUCAUAUUGUAAUGGAGUACGGUUAUCCUUGUCGUGGAAACUGAGUAUGAAUUAAUACGAAUUUUUAUCAGAGUGCAAGCAAUCCUUGAAAACCUACGCUCUGUUAAAGUUAGGUAUUUGAUCUCUAGGCUAAGUGUGUGCGAAUUCGUAUGGUCUCUCUUUUAAAACAAAGUGAAAAGCUCUAAUAUAUGUUAUUUAUAUGUCACAUAUGUAUGUUAUUUCCGUUCUUAUAUUUUUAUUAUGUUUUAAUAGAGAGAUAGAUAUACUGUGCAGACACACGUGGGGCUUAUUGCAUUGGUGUAUGUGGAAGUGAGUGGGUAACGGACGCGUUUUGACAUUCGAUAUCGGAUUUCUAGUUAAGGUAAUAGUUUAUGUACUAAAAGCUGAAAGCAUCGGUGGAGGCAAUUUAAUAUUUUAAUUAUCAUUAAAAUUUUCUUAAAUUUUGAAAUGUCGCCAGAGAAGUUUUAAGUCCGAAAGGCAAAUCUAGUAUAAAAAAAAUAGAUUAAUUUUAAAUAUGAAUUUAUUGGAACCUGUGACCAAAAUCUGAUAUAUUAAGUAGAUUAUUUAUUCCAUGAAAAAUUUCUUCAUUCACUUUUAUAUACUUAAACAAUCUCGAAAUCAAGCUUUGCCUCCGCCGCGUGCUCGAGCCUCCGCUGUCGGCGGCCGGAGCUGGGGUCGAAUGUAUAAAUUUUACAUAAAUGAUAAUUUUAGAGCCGUUAGAUAUUAUCCGUUUCCCAUUUUUUGGACAUACAUACUCUUGUAAUUAUAUUGCAUCGUCUGUACUUCAUUGUUGCAAUCAUUUGUAAAUAAAAUACUUUAUAUCGGUAUUUGAUUGUUUUUUUUUUACUUUACUUUCUUGAAAUAUACUUAGGGUUAUUUAUCCUAGGUCGAAAGCUUUGGAGAUUCCGUGUAAAGCACAAUAAAACAAUUAUUUGAUACAAGAGAAGGUAUCCACUUUAUUAGUUUUCAUUAAAUGUAAUAAUUCGAUGACAUUUAACAUAUCAAGCGAAUAAAGUUUCGUAAGCGAUGUAACGCAAAUCCAUAUGUGAUAUUCGCAAAGAAAAAACUAAUUGCUUUACAGAACAUCGUCAACACAAGCAACAAAGUGCCAGCUGCCUUUUUUUUUAAAUAAAUUAAACAUCACAAAUAUAUAACAGAUAAAUAAAUCAAAUCAUUUUAAACAUUCGCUUGCCUCUUUGGUGUCUACUAGCUAAAAAAUAUGUACUUACGUACUAAUAUUUACAUUUCGUCAUACGAUUAUUUAUAUAAGAAUUAACUAUGUCAUAUAUAUGUUAAAUCAAUACUGCAUACAACAAGAACUAGUUACAUU